CCCCCUCUUCGCGAUCAUGUGGCAUGAAGCAAGAUCCAAUGAGAAAAAGAUCAAGGAGUUAAUGGUUGACCACAAAAAGCGGGCUGAAAGACGCCGCGCUUACUACGAAUCAAGACGUGGAGAUCCUCGUCAACUUCUUCGUGUUGUCGGUUCAGCUAUUCUACUGCACCCAGAUGCAGAGCAGUAUUACCACCACGAGAAUACUAAUAACUUAAUGCCCUGGCAAGGUGAUCCGGAUAUCAAAAUUGACCGAUUUGAUGGCCGUUCUUUGCUUGAAUUUGUACCAGAUGCUAAAGCAAGAGACGCUAAACUACAGCCCACGGAAGACAAGGAAUUGUCAGAUGAUUUAAACUUUGAGCGAUAUCAUGAUCUUGUAGAAGCAGAGAGACUAAAGGUAUCCGAACAUGAUCGAUUGGCAGAGGUGGAAGAAGAGUGGAACCAGCUUUUGGAUCGGCACAAGGCUCUACUGGCUAUGCUUACUGAAAAAAAGUCUGAUAAACCUCAAGGAUUUGGAUAUGAUUAUGGCACAAACACAACUAGUGAUGAUAUGAUAAUUGAUCAAGGACCACAACUCUUGAAAGAUAUCCUUUUUUUUGCGUGCGUGCGCGCAUGUUUAUUUCUACAGACCGAUAUAUUAAAGUACGUCGAUGAGUUGAACGACAGGGAUCGACAGACCCUCAACGACAUGGCCAAGAAAUAUGGAAUUCGAAGUUAUGCUCGGCUUUUGAGAGUGGCCAAAAAAGAUAGAGAUGAUGAAUUAAGAGAUCUCAGGUCAGAUUCCGAGACUUCUGCAGAAGAAGACAUGUCAGCACCAUCCGAUGUUGUGAUUGAAUUUGGCUCCGAGACUACGCCUUCUAAUAUUAAUAUGCCAGCAAUAGCAUCCUCUAGAAGAACUACAGAACCAACCUAUCAUACCAACCCCGAAAAAACACGUGUAUCAGAGCCAGCAAACACUCGACCCGAGGAAAAGAAGUUGACACCUAUGGAGAAGCUGAAAUUGAAGAUGAGAGCUGGAUUAGAGAAACAAAUUCAAUUGGAUCAGCGUGAUGAACGUCGUAAGAGGCUGGAAAAGGAGAUGGAAGACUACCAAGCGUUUACAACCUACAAUGGACCAAUGGGGCCAAUCGUCAGUCAGACGAACCAACCAAACCUCUUGUCGCACCACCCAGUACACAAAGAUAUCGCUCCCCCAGCUCAUCACGGUCACGGUCACGGUCCCGUUCGCGUUCGCGUUCACCAACAGCCUCGGCCCAUCGUUUCUCCUCAACUCAAUCCAUGGCUACUCACUCUAUUGAUCGCCGCCACAGCCGCCGAUCAAAUAGCCGAUCAACUUCCCCGAAAGACCGCCACAGCCGUAGUCGUAACAAUCGCAGUCGGUCCCCCAUCAGUCGUUCAAAAGACCGUCAAAGACGCCGUUCUCCAAGUUAUUCUCCCACCAGAACAAAGCGCUCUAGACGCAGAUCAAUUAGUCCAGCAAACUCCCAUAGAUCACGAAGCAGAAACAGGCGAUCUCACAGAUCAAGGUCGCCAAAAAAACACCGCCAUGAGCAUGGUUCACGACAUUGAGAAACUGUGCAUGCCAAGUAUCCAACUAUAAUUUGAGUGUAGUUUUUAUAUAUAACCUAUUUUCCUUUUACUCCAUUUAGAAUGAUUUCAUUCGUAAUAUACAGCAGAAGCCAAUUAUCAUAAUAU